CGCGCGUUCAACCAAAGCAAGCAAAUUUGCUGUGGCAAUACAACACAUCGAUAUCAAUUCGCUGUGUUGGCAGCACUGACGCUCUCGCAUCUUAGAUUCAAAAAAGAAAAACAACGGCUGUCACACAUUUUCUCUUUCUACACUGUCGACUGGCGUUGUGAUUGCAAACAUUGUGUGAAUUUUUCAUUUGUAAAUGAUAAAAAAAGUGAAGUCUUCUUUUUUAUAUGACAGUGAUUGAAGAGAAUAUUUAACGAUUCAACAUUUAUGGUUAAUUAAAGCUAAAGAAAAAAAAUAUGAAUUCUCGGUUUAAAUUCGUGCAGAGUGUGAACCCACAGCCAAUACCAACAAACGCUAUCAAGCCAAAAUUCAGCAAAUUGACAUUGGCUACAACGAAAUUCAUGACAGUUGAAUCGAUUAAUGCAAAAAAGGAGAGCAACAUACAUGCAACACAAACAGUGACUUGUACCACAACAACAACAACGACAAUGACAAAAGUGCUGAACGAGCCGCCGGUUGAUAUUGAAAGUGAUGAAGUGUCGUGUGCACAGAAGCCAAAAAUUUUGCUGUACGAAUCAACGAAAGAAGAAACACACUUGGAUAUUUUGACAGACGAUGACACUGAUUCGGUGGGUAGUUCAAUUGAUAGCAAGGAAAUUGAGGAUGGUUUGAAAGAAAUUUCACAGCCAAUCACACAAAAUCCAGCGGUACACAUUGAUCGCAUCGAUACACAAAUGCAAAAUCUAAGUUUUCUAUCACCAUCGGAUCGAGGUAAUUCAACUGUGAAAAGUGAUGAACACGUACAGAAUAUGUCACGCCAAUUCGAUCAACUCGAUUUACAUCACAAUGAUGUGCACGAUGGAACACAAGAGAAAAGUGACAACGCUAAUGAGAAGAGUGCGUUGUCGUGUUCCGUUCAAACGUUGAGCAGCAAUGAUACAACAGAUCAAGAACCGAUUUCAUCCAAACAAACUGAAGAGAAAAAUGAAUCAGAUGUUGUUAUCAUUUUGUCCGAUUCCGAUACGGAAGAGGCUGACACUGAGAGUGAACCGCGAAAACGGAACAUUUCUCAAGAGCCACCAUUGAAACCAAGUUUUCCCAGCAGCAACGAUGGUGCCAUGUAUAAUUUGUCAUCAAUUGACAGCUCAGCCAUGCAAAAAGUGAACAAUUUCUUUGAUAACGCACCAUUCAUUGAGCCGUCUGAGAAUUCAUUCAAUUCCAGUCACACUUCGAAGUCAAUGAAAGAAGAUAUUUAUGUACCAGAAACGACUGAUGAAGAAAGCAUCGACGAUAAAUCGGUCAUUGAGCCAAGCAUUGAUGGUGACGGUGAGCCAUACAAAGCAGCUGAUGAGCCAAAAGAGCAGCCAAUUCUCAACGAUGUCGAACAUGACAAACCCGAAUUAUCGGAUAACAAUAUUAUCGUUGACAUUCCGGUGAUCAAAAGCACAAGUGAUCAGCCACGCCAAGUGAUUCGUUCACAAAGUGGUGUCCGUUUAACAGCAUCUCGUUCGUCGCCAAUCAUCAAAAAUGGUGGCAUCGAUUCCGAUCACAUUAAACGAACAUCGAGCAAUGUGAUCCUCAAAACACCUGGCAGCUCGAUCAGAGUGAACUCAAGCAAUGGCCAAUUGAGUAUUGCGGCCAAGAUCAAUAUCAACAUUCAAAUUGUCGAAGACUCAUCCGAAGAGUCCAGUGAAGAUAAUAAACCACCACGCAAAUCGGCGGCCAUUCAGUCGAGUGAGGAUUGCCAGCGCAGUUCAGAUGGCUAUUCAAGUGCUAAUUCAAAUCAGUCUGAAGGUGUUGCUUCGAAAGGUAGCAGCUCCAAAACUCCUAAAAAGGAUUCAAAGAAUGUAAAAACACCGGCAAAGAAUACUAAAACCGAUGCCAUUGAUACGCCAAACCAUACUCCAUCAGCGGCCAGCAGAAUCAAACAAUUCGAAUUUGUACCACCGAAAAGUAUGACCAAACAAAAGAAACCCGAAACGAAUCAAGAAACUGAAAACGUCGACACACAGUCCGCAGAUCGAUCAAUAACAUCGGAAAAUUCCGACCGUAAUGACGGAUUUCAGUUUGAUAAAAACAUUCCGAUCAGCCCUCGUGAUCAGAAGCUACUGCACAAAGUUUACGGUGAUGCAUGGAAGACGCCAGAUGUGAUUAGAAGCUAUUCAGCCGUAAAAGGGAAGCCAGUAGACAGAGCGGCUGUCAACACAACUCCUUCGAUGCUUAACAACCGUUAUAGCAAGGGAUUCGAUCUUUUUAAACAAAAGAUUAAAACCAAUCUAAACUCGACCCGAUUGGAUGACCAUGCUGAAAUCAGUAUCAUUGAAACACCGGAACGGGUCAAACAAAUUAAAUCGCCCGAAAGAGUGGCAAAGCCAAAAGUAAACACACCACGAUCGAAGAUCAAACCAUCUUCCAGUGUGAAGAAAGCUGAAUAUGAGCCAUCGCCAUCUGUGCUCACGAAAAAGAAACCAUCACCGAAAUCAGGCAAGAAAAAGGUUGUCAACACUCCGGUGGCUAAUGAUUCGUCGAUCAUAACGACUCGACCACGUCGAAAUGCUUGGCCACGCAAGCCGAUUUUCGAUUCCGACAGCGACAAAGAAAAUGAUUCCGAUUGGUCUGAUAAUGACAGCAGCUACUCAGACUCUGAUCUCCUUACGGAUGACGAUAGCGACUUAGAGAUAGAGAGAGAAAAAUCGAAGGAAAAGCCAAAGAGCGUGCGUAAAAAUGCGGCAUCGGCGACAAAACGACCAGCUAAGAAGACCAACGAUCUGAUUUUCUUGGAUCUUUCGUCAGAAGAAAUCGUUCAAGUUGAUGAAAACUUCCAUGCAAACGUUUCGGAAGAUGAUUUGGCAAAUAUAACACGAAAAUUCUUCGAGUCAGAUCUGAAUGAUGAAAAACCGAAGAAAAAAACGGGACGUAAAUUAUUCACCCACAAUUAUGACGACAUUGAAGAGGAAACAGUCUUUGAUACUGAACCGAAAAGUGUGAAAAAGAAACCCACCGAAGAGCCUAGCUUAGACAUUGAGAUACCACGAUUUACACACAAACUCUUUGAUUCGAAAAAGUUUGGCUCGCCAUCACAAAGCAAAACGCCAAACUCAAAGAUUGAUUUUCGAAAAGAUGAUCUCAAAACACCAAUUACAUCGAAAAUUUUGGCCGAACGAAAAACUCCAUUCGGCAGCGCUCGUUCAAAACUUGAUAGCCCACCGCGAACAUUCGAGACUUAUGGAUUUCUCAAAUCAUUGGAUGUUCAAGCGUCGAUGAUGCUAUGCCACCCAGAUGCUAAGAAGUAUCGUGAAAAUUUCAAAUCGAACAAAGAAGAAUUGACGAACAUUUUGUAUAAAAUGUAUAAUGAGAAAGUAUUCGAAAGCAAAUUGGAUGUGGAUAUUAUAUGGAACAAAAAACUGACGACGACAGCUGGCCGUUUCCAUGGACGAUCCAAGGCAAUCAAAGUCGCCGGAAAGAAUCAUCGCAUCGAGCUCAGUGAAAAAGUGCUAACGAGUGCGGAUCGAUUACGGUGUACGCUCAUUCAUGAGAUGUGUCAUGCGGCCACUUGGAUUUUCAACAACGAACGUGGUCAUGGAAUGCGAUGGAAAUCAUGGGCACGAAAAGCCAAUUACGUAUUCCCCGAAUUGCCAGUAAUAUCGGUGUGCCAUAACUACGAUAUCGAAUACAAGUACACCUACAAGUGUGAUAUGUGCCAGAGCAAAUCAUACUCACAUUCGAAAUCCAAAAAGGUCGAGAAUAUCCGUUGCAGUUAUUGCCAUGGAUCGAUUAGUAUUUUCCUGAACAAAAAGAAGAACGGUCAAAUGGUCAUGGAACCGGUUCGUGAGGCCAGCGGAUUUGCCAAAUAUGUCAAAGAGAAAUACAAAGAUUUUAAAAAGCCUGGUGUCAAACAUGCCGAUGUUAUGCGUCAGAUCAGCUCACAAUACUCGACGCUAAGCCAAGAAGAGAAGAAACAAUAUUGAACUCAAAUUUGGGCAAAGCUGCAUCUUGUGAUACUACUUUAAUUGUAGUCUACUCAUUAUUUUGCAAUCCACAGAAAAACUGCAUAUCUUUUUUUUAUAGUGACGAUUAUAUAUAGUUUUAGAAAAUAAGACAAUUGCAAAUAAAUCACAUUUUAUUCGAUAAAUAAAGAAGACUGGACAUGA